AUGGAGGCGGUGACAAAGAUGGCGUCCGAGAGACCAGUGGUGAUCUUUAGCAAGAGCUCAUGUUGCAUGAGCCACUCAAUCAAGACCUUGCUUUCCGACUUUGGUGUGAACCCCGCAGUGUAUGAGCUUGAUGAGAUGCACAGAGGGAGAGAAAUAGAGCAAGCUCUGUUGAGGCUCGGAUGCAGCCCAUCUGUGCCGGCUGUGUUCAUUGGUGGCGAAUUUGUUGGCGGAGCCAAUGAAGUCAUGAGCCUGCAUCUUAAGCGCUCUUUAAUCCCCAUGCUUAAGCGCGUUGGUGCAUUGUGGGUUUGA